AUGGCAGAUGUAGCAGCUCAAGCACCCGCGACAAAAUCACCAAAAAAGGAGAUGGCAUCCAAGCCCAAGGCAGCCGCCACACACCCGAAAUACGUUGACAUGAUCCGCGCUGCCAUUGGCAGUUUGAAGGAAAGGAGUGGUUCAUCACGACAAGCUAUCUUGAAAUACGUCAUGGCUAACUACAAGGUCGGAUCUGAUUCGAACAUGGCUAACUCCCGGGUAAAAACCGCCCUGAAAAACGGUGUCAAGUCCGGAGUUAUUAAGCAGGCCAAGGGCACGGGAGCAGCCGGUUCCUUCAAACUUGGUGACGUAAAGGCCGAAAAACCCAAAGUGAAGAAAGCCGCUAAAAAGUCUCCUGCUAAGAAAACGGCCACCGCCAAGAAACCCAAGGCAAAGAAAGCAGCACCCAAGAAAGCCGCUACACCGAAAAAGGCUGAAGCCGCCGGAGCCAAGAAGACAGUAAAAACAAAGAAGGCCAAGUCACCCAAAAAGGUGAAAACCCCUAAAAAGGUUAAAACCGCAAAGCCAGCCAAAAAGGCAGCCCCCAAGAAGAAAGCUGCCGCCAAACCUAAAAAGGCCUAAAUGUCUUUCCCCGAGCUUUAUUGCACGACUG